GGUGUUGGGAUCAUCAUGAUGGGCUCAAAGACGAGAAACACCAAAACUCGUGUCGGAACCAUGGCUCUUGGGAGCGUCGCGAUUGGCGUUGGUAUGUCUAUCAAGCAUGUUUUGGGGCAACAGAACGGCUGACUUGUAUUUAGGAAGCACUGGAUUGGAAAAGCUGAACAUUGACGUGACCAUGCUCACGACUAGACUCUCAACCGUUUUGAACAUGGAGUAUUCGAAUUUCGAGACUAUGAAUCCAUUUGAGGAUUAAGUUGUGGCGGGACCAUGGGAAUAUCCUACAUGUAUGCUAUUCAUGGUCUACCAAAAGGAGGGUUGUCUUUUUGUGCCUUGUGUAUAUGUCAGGGAGUUGAUGUCUUGUGAAGAGAAUAUAUUUGCAUACCUGAAUAUUUGGGCCGAAGAUAUAAUGAUGAUGGAAGGUAUUAUCCUCAAGUCACUCCAAGCCAUUAGAGAGGUACAUGAAUCAGGACUUCUUGAACCCUUAGACCUCGUAUCUUGAGAUAUUCUAAGUAAUAUUACUUACUUCUUGCCAUAAUCUGACCAUAACGUUCUUUAAACCUUCCAAUAUUGGUAGAUCUAAUAAUGCUCUACUCGUCAUUUGACGACUAUUCUGUC